CCUACAAAUUACUUGCAAAAAUGGGUGGAAAUUCAAGAAAGUUCAAAAAAGCUGAAAAAUCUAAAAUUAAGCUCAAGGGAGCUAAACUCCCCAAGGGCGCUAACAUUACCAAGACCAACUUUAAGGUACGCAAAAUAAUCGUACCGGAUCAGCUGAAACAACGAAACCUUACCGAUGCCACGGUUCUGUCGAGCAGAAACCUCAGCCUGAAGGAUUGUCUCGCCAAACUGAAGCUCAACAAUGUUUCGUCCAAGAUCGAGGGUUUGCGUGGAGUGCGAGAAAUCAUCACGAAAAUGCCUUCGGAGCUGCAAAGGAUGCUCAGUUCGGUGGUGAAGGACGUGUCCAGCUUGUCCAUCGAUAUAGAGCACGACGUGCGUAAGGACGCGUACAAAACGCUCGGAUGCAUACUGGCCGCUUGUGGAGCAUCGAUAAUGGUGCCGUACUACGAUGUGCUGUUGUCCUUUUUGCGUUGCAGCAUGACACACAUUCAGUCGCGCAUUCAGGAAGAUUCGCUUCUACUGCUGGACGUACUGUUGCUGUACUUGCCCGAUUUGAUUGUGGCUAAUCGGGACAAGAUUCUGCCACAGUUUUUGGACAUGAUUUCAAAACUGCGAACGGAAUCUAAACCGGGUCGCACGUUAACGAUUAAUCUGGACAAACAAUCGACCAGUACACGUUGGCGGGUGAAGGUCCUUUCUCGACUGACGGGCAUAUUGAAGAUUUUGAUCGAUAGUAAAACGUUGAAUGAUGAACCGAUGGAACCGGUCGAAGAAUCCGUUCCGUCCCGUCGAACGGAAGAGGCAGAUAAUCCCUUUGCUUCGAAAGCUUCAGAUUAUCAGCCGAAUAAGCCUGUUCAAAUCAAUUUCGUCUUCGAUGGAGCAUCAACCAUGUUUAUGCCACUACAAAGGCGACAUCUGUACACCGUCUGCCCAAUGGACGUGCUGUUCCGUAAAUCGUCCGGAACGGAUAAAGAACUUUCAUUGGGCGAUCGUGUCGAUGACGGUCGAAAGCUAAAAAUGUACGUAGAGAUGCUGAUGCCCGUUUUGUUCGAGUCCUGGCUCGAGGUUCGGCCCGCAGGUACCGGUUCCGAUGCAGUUCAGGAGCACGCACUAACACAGGAAGCGGCAGCAACGCUCGAACUGCUAAUGGCCAUUUUCAUCCAGCUCUGGGAUUUGACCGUUCUGUACUGCAGUGAAACGAAUAACGACGAUAUGAAACUUUGGUUCCGAGGCGAGUACAGUGCAAAAUUUUCUACCCAAAUCCUCGCCGGGUUUCCAUACUAUCAGUCCGGUACGGAGGUGAAAAGUCAAGCGAAACGCUCCAAAACGACUGCAUUGCCCGAACAAACGGUAGACGAUCAUUGCUACAGGCAUAAUUUCAACAUUUGCUACUUCUACUGCUGCCUUCAGGAACAAUUUCGCGCAGGCAAGAAGAAAUCCCAAGCCUACACAAAGGUAGUGGAGUACGUGAAACGGUGCGUGUUGAAUUGGAAGUUCCGUGGGGCCGAAGCUACCAAUUUGUUGCUGCAGGUGCUUCGCUACAUGCUACUCGACAUCGAUUGUAUGUCGGUAAAUCAGGAAACCCGUGCACUGCUUCAAACGUUGCUGGAGGUGUACAUAACGGCAAAACUUCCGCAGGACAUCCGUAACCGAAUUUUGGUUCUGUUUUGCGAUAUCAUCGUACUAAACGAUUCACUGUGGCGUCGCUACGGACAAGACUUGUUUACUCUCUGGCUGAAAAUGUUGCCCAAUCUGCUGUGCAAACCAACGAUCGAUCAGGCUGUGUUGAAGGCUCUGCUUUGCCUGGCUCAACGGGGCAAUGUUCCCUUUCUGGAGGUGUUGGAGACGAACGCGAAGCAGAUCGUAGCCAAUCUGGGUACGAUUCGUGUAACAAAUGAAGCAAAACCUGGCGAAGGGUUCACGCUGAUAUGCAACUUACUAUUUUACAUUCGCAAACGGGAGCUGAUCAAAGAAUUGUUUGCCUGUGAUGCACAGGGUUUGAAGGAAGAAGCGCAGAGGGAACGCCUUUGUAGCGUCCUAGAACUAAAGUUGGGAAUGCUACAAUAUUAA